CUCCCUCACCUUGUGACCUAAUCAUUAUUCCAUAAUGUCUCGCUUGAGUUUGGCUGUGUUUCUGUUUGGUUUGGUCGGUGUAGCCCUUGGGGGUGUCCUUCCGGAUCUGUACUCCGAAUGGGAAGGUCGCAUCGUUGGCGGUUCGAACGCUGCCGAGGGUCAGUUCCCGUACCAGGUAUCGCUGCGUUCGGCGGCCAAUGCUCACUUCUGCGGUGGUUCCAUCGUCAACAACAACUGGGUCCUGUCCGCUGCCCAUUGUACCAGUGGAAGAACCACGGCCAAUACGAUCGUUUUCGUCGGUGCACUGUUGUUGAACGCCGGUGGCGAACGUCAUCCAUCCAGCCAAAUCAUCAACCACCCGCAGUACAGCGGGAUUACGUUGGCCAACGAUGUGUCGGUCGUUCGUGUUGCCACUCCAUUCUUGUUCAACAGUAACGUCGCCCCGAUUGCGCUGGAGCAGAACUUUGUAACUACCGCUUCGAAUGCCCAGGCUUCCGGCUGGGGACAGACUUCGAACCCAGGAUCCCUUCCAGUUCACAUGCAAUGGGUCAACGUGGACAUUAUCUCCCUGGAAGAGUGCCGUAGCCGUCACAGUGUUCUGAACGCUGCCCGUGUCCAUGAUAGUACGAUCUGUACGUCCAGCCCCGUAGGCAUCGGUAUGUGCAUGGGUGAUUCCGGUGGUCCGUUGUCGCACGAAGGACGCCAGCAGGGUAUUGUGUCGUGGGGUAUUGCCUGUGCUCUCGGCUUUCCCGAUGUGUUUGCUCGCGUAUCGUCGCACCGUUCCUGGAUCUUGGAAAACACUGCCAACUAAUCUCAGU